AUGUGGAAGCCGAAGAAUCUGAUCGAGGCAUUGCUGCCUAUUUAUAUUUUGGAUUUAAUAUUUUGCCAUGGAGUUUCUAAAUUUCCAAAUGCCAGUAAAUCAAAAUUCAAUAACUCAUUUAUGUUUGCAGUAACCACAACAAUUAUCUUCUUUAUUUGUUUAAUUUUUUCACUUUUAAAUCAUUUUCACUCAACCUGGAUAAACGGAGAGGAGAUUGUAUACUUCAUUCUUACGGUGAUAGUGACUUUAUCAAUGACUGUGAACAUUAUUCACGGUUGGAUUUACAGAAAUGACGCCGUUAUUAUUAAUUCGAGAAUAAUAAAAGUCGACGAAGAUCUCGAAAAAUUGGGAAUCCCCGUAGACGCUCAAGUUGAAUUUAUUUUUUCAAUAAAAAUAGCCAUUUUAUGGAUAGCUUAUUCACUUUUUUUAAAUGUGAUAAAAAUUGUAUGGUACCCAGAAACUCUUGAUUUAUUGUCUGUGACUUUUGUAGUAUUUACUAUUCAACAUGGAUAUCACGUUAAUUUUUUAAUUGAUUUGACAUUUUGUUUGGUAACAAAACAUAUGAAAAAACGUUUUGAAAACUUGAACAAACUGUUGCUGGAGAUUUUUGAUUUACAAACUAAUAAUUUGGGACAAGAAGUAGAGACAGAGUACAAAUGGGCUAUUUCCCGCCAAACGCAUCUUGAAAAAGACUUCACUGAAAUUAUUCAUAAGAUCAAACGGAUCCACCUGGAAUUGGGGAUAUUGUGUCAGGAAUUGAUAAAAAUUUACGGAAUACCAAUAAUUCUUGCAAUGAUAGUGGCAUUUUUUACCAUUACAAGUCAACUUUUGUACAUAUACGUAGAAAUAAGGGACCGAAAAACUGAAACUCAUGUUAAAAUAUUAUACAUAGGUAGUGUAACAAUUUGGUUUAUAAUUGCAAGCUUGAAAUUUUUCAGUAUCAAUUACGUUUGUGCUGAAACAGUUAAUGAGUGGGAACAAACUGGGGAAAUAAUUCAUAAGCUCGAGCUGGAGUCUAAAGAUACAAAUUUCCAAAGGGAAAUAAAGCAGUUUUCAAUGCAAAUAUUGCAAAAUCCUUUGACAUUUACUCCAUGUGGAUUAUUAGAUCUUGGUUAUUAUUUUGUCAGAGAUUUUGCUGGAUCCGUAACAACACAACUCAUCAUAUUGAUUCAAACCUAUCCAAUGCACAAUAAUACACCGUAAAAAUAAUAUUUUUAAAGUUUAAUUGCAUUGUAAAAAUUUUAAAUGUCAUCAUGAUAUUAAACAAUUCAAUUAUUAGUGUUCUUAAGUGUUAAUUGUAAUGCAAUUACUGUAAAAUAUUUAAAAAAGAAAUAAACCACCCGCGAGUCAAUUAAUUACUAUAAUUAAGUCUGCAUUUCAUGAGUACUUUUUAUGUAUUAUUUCAAUAUUUAUAAAUAAAUAAUUAAUGAAAUUAAGUUUGCAUGACUAACGAUAGAUGAUUAUCAAAAGUUGAUUCAAGGAAGAUAGUAAAUGAGUUGCGUAUAACAUAAAACCGCAAAGUGUAAUGCAAUAACUGAUAAAAAAUACAUUAUAACAAUGAUAGAACGAUGUAUAUCGAACUAAUUAUUACUAAGUACGGCGGUUGUUUAAAGUGAAGCUCAUAUGAGUGUCAUCAGUUGCGCUCAUAAUGUGGAAACCAAAGAAUUUACUCGAGGCUCUGUUGCCUAUAUAUAUUUUAAAUAUUAUUUUUUGUCACGGAGUAAUACAGUACCCAAGUGUUGAUAAAUCGAAAAUAUUUUAUUCUUUUCUGCAUUCAAUUAUCUCGGCAAUAAUGUUCUUGACAUGUUUUAUUUUAGUAUUUUUGAAUUAUUCGAAUCCAUCUUGGGCAAAUAAAUACAAUCUACCAUAUUUUGUUAAUGCAACUGCAAUAACUUGUGUCAUGUUUAUAAACAUUAUUGUCCGCUGGGCUUAUAAAAAUGUUAGUAAAUAUAUUAUUGAUAUUUGUAAUAAUGAGUUUUGUGUAAUAUAUAAUUCAUUCUUAAUGAAUUAUAUUAUAUAUUUCAUAAUAACUCGAAACUUGAUAAACUGCAAACUAAUAACUUGGCACAUAAAAUCGAAACCGAUUACA